AUGGACGACAUCCUCCAUGGAUUAGCGACGUAUCUCUCGUAUGCCUUUAGCCUCAAGGAGUUACCUAACAAUGCCGCGACCAUCGUCAAGUCCUUUGCCUUCUUUACGGCCGUUCACCUUGUUGUUGGACCCGCUCUGAGCUCGUGGUUGUCUCCUGCGACCUUUGGGAAGAUGAACAAAAGGCAGCGGAAUCAAUGGUCAAAUCGAGUAGUGGCACUGGUACACGCAAUUAUCAUAGUCCCGCUCGCUGCCCGAUGUGCCAGUAAUCCUGUCCUCGAACGCGAUCGUGCAUUCGGAUGGGAUGACCCAUCGGGAACGGUGAUAGCUAUCGCGUCUGGUUAUUUUCUAUGGGAUACACUCGAGUGUCUCAUACACUUCGUCGACGUCGGCUUCGUCAUUCAUGCUUUGGCAUGCUUCACGAUCUACACGCUCGAGUUUAGGCCUUUCCUCGCAUAUUUCGGAACUCGGUGUCUUAUGUGGGAAUUGAGCACUCCCUUCCUCAACGUCCACUGGUUCCUUGACAAAACCGGACAAACCGGCACAAAACUUCAGCUCGUCAAUGGGGUGCUGCUCCUCAGCACUUUUGCUGGCGCUAGAUUGAUAUGGGGAACUAUUGUCUCCUGGCGAUUCUUCGAAACGUUGUAUACUGUGCGCGGGCAGGUUCCCGUUGGUUACCUCCUCGUGUAUGGUAUUGGAAAUGUUGUGCUCAACCUCCUGAACUGGUUCUGGUUCACGAAGAUGAUAGCGGCGCUAGGGCGGCGUUUUACAAGCUCGGGCGGUGCAAAGCCUACUUGAUCUGCAGUUGGUGGUGACGUUUAGAAGACGCGCAGGAUGGGGUGAGGCCCUUGCGCAUGGUGAUCUCCACCGGUAUUGUGCACCGAUAGAUAUUCGCGACCGUCCUGUGUACGCCUGUAGGGACUGUAUGCGAGCCUAAAAGCC